GCCAAAUGGGAAAAAAAUCUCUUUUUUGAAAAUAAUUUUUUUUUUUGUAGAUUUCAUUCUUGGAUACAGGUUUGAAUCUUAGCGCCGUCGGGCUCGAGUCGGAUCAAUUCGGAUCAAUGUAUUUCUAAAGACAAACGUAUUCAGAAACAAAUUUAAAAGGUAUCGGCCAAUUAAAGAUGCACAGUAAUUCGUAUAUUGAAAUAAAAAGGGGUUGAAUAAAAAUUAAAAAAAGUUCGUUUAAUCGGGAAGGGUGGGAUCAAGUCCGCUGGUAUAGUAGACGGUAGCGUCAGGUUAUCCAUACACAUACAAUAUGGCCGCGGCAAAGGACGGGUGUCCUGCAACUUUCGGGAGUUAAUAUGCGCCGUCAAAUCGUAAGAGAAAGGGAUUUCUGAGAAGCGAAAGGAACCGAGCGACAAGUCGAGGGACGGCAGAUCCAGAUGUGAUGGGGGCGAAGGCGAGCACGGCGAACGGUGAGGGCCAGAGGGAAAGGACUUUUUCGACGAGCAGUUCCGAAGUCGGCGGGAGCGGCGGUUUCAACAUACUCAGGGGUAUACCCGGUGUCGUAUCGGCAGACAGGGCCCGCUCCUUCUCCAGCCCGGACGGUCGGGAGCUGCAGAACGGCCAGGAGCACCACGCCGCUUUCGAAUCCGUCGAGACUGACAGCAGUUCCACGGAGGAACACCUAGACAGCCCCCUCAAUCCGUUCCCGAGGGUCUACACGCCACACUCCCUGCCUUCACAUAUUUUCUCCUGGAACGGAAUUAAAUGUCCCGUCUGUUCAAAAUUUGUCCUUCCCGAUGACAUCGAGUGUCAUCUGGUUAUGUGCCUCACUAAACCAAGACUGAUAUACAAUGAGGAUGUGUUGACAGAAGACAAAGGUGAAUGUGUUAUUUGUCUAGAGGAGUUAACCCAAGGCAAUACCAUCGCGAGACUACCCUGUCUUUGCAUAUACCAUAAAAGUUGUAUCGACCGAUGGUUUGAUGUGAAUAGGAGUUGCCCUGAGCAUCCAGGAGACUGAGAAACUAUUUAAAAACGAAAAAGAAAGAAAUGCACCCCAAAUGGUAGCAAAUUAGGUUGGUGAAGUACUACAAAUCAAAAAAAAAAAUCAUAAUAGAUAACAAAAAAUAUACAAAAAAAGCCUUGUUUAAUAAAGUUUGUACAUAGCUUUCUUGUACAUCGCAAAACAAAACCAAAAAAAAAUGCAAGCUUUUUAAAAAAAAGAAAGAAAAAGAAAACGAAAAAAAAAGUAGAGAUUGUUUUUAUGUGAAAGAUAACUUUUAUUUGUGAUAUGGACUGCAAUCUUUCAGUUGUAUAGUUAAGUUUUAUUGUUUAGAUUUAAAAAGGAAGUUUUUGACAAUUAUUGGGAAACCCAAAAAUCCUGCCGAGCAACCAGGAAAUCCACCCAAAAUGUACAUUCAUAUCUUCAACUUUAUU